CGAGAUCGCAGUAGGCUAUAAAAGCAACCGACAUUGAAAGUCGACGUCAAAUUUAUUUCAACCGCUAGCGAGUGAGGCGACCCUUUAAAGUGGUUUUCCAAGCGUUUUUAAAGCGAUUUUUCACUGAAAAGCUCUUAUAUUUGUGAAGAUUUUAACGUAAAUCAGUAAAGAUGCCUGAAGAAACCGGUUCUGGAGAUGUCGAAACCUUCGCCUUCCAGGCGGAGAUCGCCCAAUUGAUGAGCUUGAUCAUCAACACCUUCUACUCCAACAAGGAAAUCUUCCUCAGAGAAUUGAUUUCGAACUCCUCUGACGCUUUGGACAAGAUCCGCUACCAAUCGCUCACCAACCCCUCGUGUCUCGAUUCCGGAAAGGACUUGCAAAUCAAGAUCGUGCCCAACAAGACCGAAGGUACCCUCACCAUCAUCGAUACCGGUAUCGGUAUGACCAAAGCUGAUUUGGUGAACAAUUUGGGUACCAUCGCCAAGUCUGGCACCAAGGCCUUCAUGGAGGCGCUUCAAGCCGGAGCCGAUAUCAGUAUGAUUGGUCAAUUUGGUGUGGGUUUCUACUCCGCCUACCUGAUAGCCGAUAGGGUUACUGUCGUUUCGAAGAACAACGACGACGAGCAGUACAUAUGGGAGUCAUCUGCCGGAGGUAGCUUCACCAUUCGCUCAGACCAAGGCGAGCCCUUGGGUCGCGGUACCAAGAUCGUCUUGCACAUCAAGGAGGACCAGACUGAAUUCCUGGAAGAGAACAAAAUCAAGGAGAUCGUCAAGAAACACUCUCAAUUCAUUGGCUACCCGAUUAAAUUGCUGGUCGAAAAAGAAAGGGAAAAGGAAUUGAGCGACGACGAAGUCGAAGAAGAGAAGAAGGAAGAAGAAAGCGACGACAAACCCAAGAUCGAAGAUGUAGGAGAGGAUGAAGACGAAGACAAGAAAGACGAGGAUAAGAAGAAGAAGAAGAAGACCAUCAAAGAAAAGUACACUGAAGAUGAGGAAUUGAACAAAACUAAACCGAUCUGGACCAGAAACGCCGAUGAUAUUACACAGGAGGAAUACGGUGAAUUCUACAAAUCUUUGACCAACGAUUGGGAGGACCAUUUGGCUGUGAAACACUUCAGCGUUGAAGGUCAACUCGAAUUUAGGGCCCUUCUAUUCGUCCCGCGUCGUGUACCAUUCGACCUGUUCGAAAACAAGAAGAAGAAGAACAACAUCAAACUCUACGUCAGGAGGGUGUUCAUCAUGGACAACUGCGAGGACCUCAUUCCCGAAUACCUCAACUUCAUUAAGGGAGUAGUAGACUCUGAAGAUUUACCACUGAACAUUUCCAGAGAAAUGCUUCAACAAAACAAGAUCCUGAAAGUAAUCCGCAAGAACUUGGUAAAGAAAUGUUUAGAAUUAUUCGAAGAACUCACCGAAGACAAGGACGGUUUCAAGAAAUUCUACGAACAAUUCUCUAAAAACAUCAAAUUGGGUAUCCACGAGGAUUCGCAGAAUAGAGCUAAAUUGGCCGAUUUGUUGAGAUACCACACGUCUGCCAGCGGUGACGAGGCGUGCUCUAUGAAAGACUACGUUAGCCGCAUGAAGGAGAACCAGAAGCACAUUUACUACAUCACCGGCGAAAACAAGGAGCAGGUGGCCCAUUCCGCUUUCGUAGAGCGUGUCAAGAAGCGCGGCUUCGAAGUAGUUUACAUGACUGAACCCAUCGAUGAGUACGUCGUACAGCAACUCAAGGAAUACGAUGGAAAGAGCUUAGUGUCUGUAACCAAGGAAGGUUUGGAACUGCCCGAAGACGAAGACGAGAAGAAGAAGCGCGAAGAAGACAAAGCCAAGUACGAAGGUCUCUGCAAAGUCAUGAAGAGCAUCCUCGACAACAAAGUGGAAAAGGUUGUCGUUUCUAACCGUCUAGUAGAAUCUCCUUGUUGUAUUGUAACAUCCCAAUUUGGAUGGACGGCGAAUAUGGAGCGUAUCAUGAAGGCUCAAGCCCUCCGUGACACUUCUACCAUGGGUUACAUGGCGGCCAAGAAGCACUUGGAAAUCAACCCUGACCAUUCUAUCAUCGAGAACUUAAGGCAAAAGACUGAAGUGGACAAGAAUGACAAGGCUGUUAAGGAUUUGGUAAUUUUGCUGUUCGAAACUGCACUCCUCAGUUCUGGAUUCACCCUGGAUGAGCCCCAAGUGCACGCCUGCAGGAUUUACAGGAUGAUCAAGUUGGGUUUGGGCAUCGAUGAGGAGGAAUCCAUGCUUACUGAAGACACCCCGGCAGGUGAUGCUCCGCCAGUAGAGUCUGGUGAUGGUGAAGAUGCUUCGCGAAUGGAGGAAGUAGAUUAAAUUAAAGCGUAACUCGAUUAUCUGUGGCAUUUUUUUGAGAAGAGCAUGUGUUGUAAUAUGUUCCGAAUCUUAUACCAGUUUUCUUCAUUCCUUAUUUUGUAAAUAUUUAUUUUGAACGUUUUUAUAUACUUACAAUUAGUAUUACUCGAAAAUGUUACUCUGUAAUCUGGCUACCAAGUCAUUGGCUGUGUAGGAGUACUAACGACUUAACGUCAUCCAGCAGUUGUACUGAUUUUCUUCUGAAUAAAAGUUUGAUUUUGAUUUUA